AUAGGGUACUGCUGGGAGAAGCAGUGGUGCGACAGUGGUUCAUAGCUGGCAUGAGAUAAAUAUAAGAGAUUACUGUACAAAAUGGAUUUUAAUCUUACUAUCCUACCGAUUUUAAAAGUAAAAAUUUCAAAAAAUAAGGAUUCAUAAAAUGAUUACUUAAAAACUGCAUUUUUAAACUUAAAAUACAAAUAUUGUACAAUACUUAUGUUGUUACAAAUAAAAUAAUUUUUCGAAGUGUAUAAUCAAGUUUUAUUGUUAUCGAGUUUACAAAUCAGUCUUUAAAGUAAAAAAUCAUUUGAACAUUAAAGGAAAAACAAAAAAGUAAAUUUAACUGCAGAGGUGAUACCAUCCAUCAGAAAAUUUCUUCAAUUUUUCGUUAUUGAAAACAAACUGUGAUUACCUUGCUGAUAAACGAAGCUUCGCACAACUGGCACCAUGGGUUAUCUGCCAUGGCUGCUAGGUCUGCUUGGCUGCCUCACAGUCACCAGUGCCCACGACCCCUACUCUACUCUACCCAAACUGAUCACAGAGCGAGGUAACCUGAUCAUCACUCCAGGGCUGGAUCGCAACAUCACUUUUCGCACAUAUGGCACGAGCUAUGUCAACAUCGAUGAUCACAACUUGCUCCACAUUGCGCAAACGGCAAAGACAGCAGCUGAUCAAGUGGUCAGGUUCCAGCAGGGUUUGGAGCGAAACAUCUUGGGACGUUUAGACUCACUAAAUCGUCUGGUGUCAGGCCGACGUGGUCUUGUGUCGAAGAUGACUAACCUGGAACGGAUGAUAAAUUCUGGCAAUUUUUCUACAGGCUCAGGUUCUCCAACUCCCUCACAAGGACUGAUACCUGGUCCUGGCAGACCACCUAUUGCAAUACGUUUGAACAGGCUCACAGCAAGGACACGACGAGUGGAGAUUCAGCUGCGCAGAUUGCAAAAUCUACUGUCUAUUGACGAAUGUCUUAGUAACCCUUGCAGAAAUGGAGGAACCUGCCAAGACAUGUUUAAUGGCUUUAUGUGCAUUUGUCCAGCAAACUGGGAGGGUAGUCUGUGUGACGAGGAUGUGAACGAGUGUGCAGAGUUCGCUGGCACUGACCUCGGCUGCCAGAAUGGAGCAACAUGUGUCAACAAACCUGGCAGCUACGAAUGUCUGUGUGCUGAAACAUUCUUCGGUCUACAUUGCACUCUGCGAACCAAUGACUGUUCCAUGGCCAAUACGGCACAGCUGUGUGGUCAUGGUGUAUGCGUCAAUCAAGGGGGUAAUGGACGUGGAUAUACCUGCAUUUGUGAUCAGGGAUGGACGAUAGAUCUGUCCUUCUCUUGCAACGUUGAUGUAGACGAAUGUCAAGCCAAGCAGUAUCCUUGCUCUCACGAUCCACAUGUUCAGUGUAUCAAUCUCCCAGGCUCCUUCCACUGUGGCUUCUGUCCUCCAGGUUUCUCCGGUAAUGGGUUCCAGUGUGCUGACAUUGAUGAGUGUUUAGUGAACAAUGGUGGUUGCAGCUUAGUACCCAGGGUCUCAUGUAUUAACACGAGGGGGUCACGAGUGUGUGGUCACUGCCCUCCCGGCUACUCAGGGGAUGGAACAAUCUGCAGCCCAGUGGAGGGGGGAGCUUGUGCCAUCAACAACGGUGGCUGUCACCCCUCUGCCCAGUGCUUCCAGAACGCAGGUAUAGUGACAUGCAGGUGUCAAGAUGGUUAUGCAGGCAAUGGCUACGGUCCACUGGGAUGUUCACCCUCCAACUUGGCUGUCAACCCCUGCCUUAAUUUUCCUUGCAAGAAUGGAGGCACAUGUGUUCCAGCAGGAUCUACGUUCACAUGUGUCUGUCAUCCUCACCUUACUGGAGCUGACUGCAGUGUUGUCGUGUACUCCAGUUGUAGCCCCAACCCCUGCCAGAAUGGUGGGUCGUGCCAAGUACACACAGACCAGGGAGUAGCUCAGGUCCAUUGUACCUGUGUUAGAGGUUUUGAAGGAGCUAGAUGUGAGCAGCAGUCAAGUUUGUGUGGAGGUAUAUUUUUUCAAGACAGUGGCGAGCUGGAGUUUCCAGUGGAGAGUGCUGCCCAACGCUAUGAGAGCCAUGAUGUUUGUACCUGGUUCAUUACAGUAUCUUCUGAUAAAUCUGUUGAAUUAACUUUUACUCACCUUGUCUUCGAAUCUCCUGAAAAUUGCAACGAUCGAUAUUUGAGGAUUAACGAUAAGUUAACUAGGACUGAAUGGCUCUACUGCAAGACAUUUACAGCUACUGAACUUCCUGUGGUGACCUCCAUCACAAACAGGGUCGUCAUCAACUUUCACGCCAGCACUGGGAUGAGCAACCACUUUAAGUUAUCUUGGAAAGCUGUGGUGCCUAGAUGUGGGGGAGAAAUUGAGGCAAAGUCUCAUGGAACCAUCGACUCCCCUCGGUUUCCCCACAAUUAUCCUCCAGACCAAGAAUGUGAAUGGAGGCUGAUGGCUCCACCAGGGAAGAAGUUACAGCUGCUGUUCAACACCAUAGAUCUCGAGCCCUCUUCUGACUGUUCCAAAGAUUAUCUUAAGAUCCAUGAAUACGUCCUCGAUGAACCAGGAAAUCUUCUAGCACAGUUCUGCAACUCUAGUACCCCAGAGCCUCUGACAACCCAUGGGUCAGCAGCAUACAUCAUCUUCCAUUCUGAUAGUUCAGGACUUCAGGGGUCAGGCUUUCACAUUGUCUAUACACUUGUCGAUGGAUGUGGAGGUGUGCUGACUGCUUCUGCGGGCGACAUCUCCCUUGCCACAGGCACUGAUGAGAAUUAUCUUGAUGAUCAAGAUUGUGAGUGGAGGAUCCAGCUGCCAUUGGGGGACAAAAUUCAAAUAACCUUCAACAAGUUUGACCUUGAAGAGACAACUCCUUGUGAUGACUUUUUGGAAGUGAGGGAUGGAGCCAGCAGAACCUCCCCCAUGGUCGGCCAGUGGUGUGGCUCAAACCUGCCACCUGACUUCACAUCCUCCUCCAACGAACUUACCAUCAUCUUCCACUCGGAUUUAAUUUUUGGUGGUUCUGGCUUCACAUUGCAUUACAAACCUGUGUGUGGAGGGAUAUUUACUGGCUCCACAGGAGAGAUUCGAUCUCCCAAUUAUCCUCUUCCAUAUUCUUCAGAGCGCAAGUGUGUGUACAUCAUUAAUACCCCUCCCAGCACUGCAAUCCAUCUACAGUUCAAGGACUUUGAUAUAGAGAUGUUGACUGGUUGCAACUACGAUUAUUUGGAGGUAUGGGAUGGAGACAAUUCCAACUCUACUAAACUUGGAACAUUCUGUGGAGACCAAAAACCAGCUGAUAUCUUUUCUUCUCACAACUUCCUCUACAUCACUUUCACAUCUGAUGAUAGUGUAAUGAACAGAGGGUUUCUUGCCCAGUACUGGACCGUCUCUAUCCCUUGUGGAGGUAUUCUGAAGGAAACGACAGGAAUGAUCUCGUCACCACAGAACGAGGAUGGCUACCUACCAAACACUGUGUGUCAGUGGGUGAUCUCAGCGACACCAGGCUGGAUCAUACGGCUGGACUGGUUAACGUUCCACCUGGAGUCUAGCCAGCACUGUUCCAUGGAUGCAGUUACUGUGUAUGAGAAUAACACAGCCACAGGAAACAGCACUCUCAUUGACAAGUACUGUGGUCUCAGACUGCCGCCUGCGAUAACAUCAACCACCAAUGUGUUGACAGUUCGGUUCCACUCAGAUGAUAGUGUCCACCGGGAGGGUUUCACAGCUCACUAUGUAAUGGUCGACAAGAGAAGAGUUUGCGAUGCCGUUUAUCGCUCAGUUUCCGGCGUUAUUGAGAGUCCAAACUAUCCGGACGACUAUCCAGCCAACAAAGAGUGUACCUGGACGAUUCAAGCUCCACAGGGUAGACAGAUCAGUCUCAAAUUUGAGACUUUUGACCUUGAAGAUUCAGGAGAUUGCAGAUAUGAUAGUAUUAUAAUCAGAAAUGGAUUACAUGAAACAUCCCCACUGGUCGGCAAGUACUGCAGUACCACAUUGCCUCCUGAAGUGAUCUCCCUCACCAAUGCAUUGUGGAUCCACUUAAGUACUGAUGUGUCCAAUCAAGGAAAAGGCUUCAGGGCCUCCUGGGAUGCCACUGCCACAGGGUGUGGAGGCACGCUGACAGGGCCGACAGGUUCCAUCAUGUCCCCCAACUACCCGCAGCCAUACAUGCGCAACGCCGAGUGUUUCUUCAGGAUCUCAGUAUCUCAGGGCAGUCGUGUCCGGCUCAUAUUUGUGGAUCUAGACUUGGAGCCACACUCCACGUGCAGACUUGACUAUGUUGAGGUGUUUGAUGGAGUAGAUGACCACAGCAAGAGUCUAGGCCGUUACUGCACAUCUAGUCUCAGCCAUCUGACCUCAUCCACCAAUUACGUGUUUGUCAAGUUUGUCUCAGAUAUCAGCCUCAGUGGCCGAGGAUUCUAUCUUAAGUACUAUACAGAGUGCAACAUAACAACCAGAGAUCGUUACGGGGUGUUGGAGUCUCACAACUAUCCCCAGGAAUACCCUGCCAUGCUCAACUGCAUGUGGGUACUAAUGGCCCCACAGGGUAGCAAGUACAACAUCACCUUCGCUCACUUUGACCUGGAGUAUGGAGUCCUACAGCAGGAACCUUCAGUGGAUCAGAGGGAUUGUCACUACGACUAUCUUGAGAUAUCAGAAGGUACUAAGAAUCAAACACCAAGCAAUAUUUUGGGACGCUUCUGUGGUGAUGAGCUGCCUCCGACCUUACACUCUCAGCUGGAUCAGGUUUACAUCCAUUUUGUCACAGAUCACAUGAUAGAGGGAUCAGGUUUCCAUCUCGAGUGGGCAAUCUCAGGUUGUGGGGAGAUAUACAGGGACAGACCAAAAGGCACCUUUUCCAGCCCCAACUACCCCAAUGGCUACCCUACAGAGAUGGAAUGUGAAUGGGAUAUUAUUGCCCCCUUUGACAAAAGUGUAGAGAUCACAAUCGAAGAAAUUCACCUGGAGGAUUACGGAACCUGUGAUUUUGACUAUCUUAUUAUCUAUGGAGGGAGGGAUGAGACGUACCCAGUACUGUCCAAGUUCUGUCAUCGCCAGACUAGUCCAAUUGUAAUCACCACUACUGGCAACCACGCCUUCAUUGUAUUCCGCUCUGACCAUUCCAUAAGUGGAAGAGGAUUCCGGGCUACUUGGAAAUUUGUUGAUUCUAAAUGUGGUGGAAAAUACAUCGCACCUUUUGGGCAGAUCCAUUCACACAACUAUCCCCAGAACUACGGCCACAAUGAUGACUGUCAGUGGCUGAUCAAAGUGCCCUCAAACCACCUCAUCAAUCUCACCUUUGUAGAUUUCGAUAUAGAGGAGAGUAACAUGCACGGGCUUACAGACUUUGUUAACGUGUAUGACGGAGAUUCCACUUCUGCUCCACUACUGAUGAGUCAUAAUGGCAACUCUCUGCCCAGCCCAGCAACUGUCGUGUCCACUGGCAAUACUAUGCUGAUCAGACACAAGGCAGACGGUUCUGUCAGUGCCAAGGGGUUCCUAGCUCAGUACUCCUUGGCCUGUGGUGCUCACAUAUCAGCCAAGGGGACGGGAACGUUCCAAAUGGGUGAGCUUGUGAGAGCCUCCUCUCCCUGGACUCCUACCUCCAACAACUGCACUUGGUACAUCAUCGCAGAGGACCCUGCUGAUAAGAUCAUGUUGAGUUUCACAUCCUUGGAUUUGAGUUCCUGCUCUAUUAACUAUGUGGAAGUGCAUGAUGGAGAUGACACCAAUGCCACUGUGAUCAGCCGAGUGUGUGGGACCAAACUGCCGAAGCCAAUACGGAGUAGUGGUUCUGCCCUCACCAUUGUGUCUUCUAGCCUCACUGGCUAUCGUGGCCACCUCUGGGGGUUCUCUGCCUUGUACUCUACACUAGCUACAGCGUGUGGAGGAGAAUUAACUUCAGAAGAGGGAGCCAUAGCUUCGCCCAACUAUCCUGAUGGUUAUCCUCCAAACUUAGGCUGCGAGUGGCUGUUGAAGGCUAGUCCAGGCAAUAAAGUGGUCCUGACUUUUGUCAGUUUCUCCCUGGCAGAGAGUGACUACUGUAAUGCAGACAAUGUAGAGGUGCGAGAAGGCUCUAGUAAUGGUACUCUGCUAGGAGUUUAUUGUGGCUCAGAUAUACCGACCAACAUCACAUCCUACAAUUCCCUCUGGCUCCGCUUCCGAUCUGAUGCUUUCAACACUGCCCCUGGCUUCCUUGCAGAUUACAGCUUAGUUCAUGAUAAUGAACUGAUUGGUGACUCUGGCCAGAUUGCGUCCCCGCUGUACCCCAAACCCUAUACCCAGGCUAGAGACUACAAAUGGACCAUCACCGUGCCCUUCAACAAAGUCAUUCGGAUUUCCUUCUCAGAGUUCUACAUGGAAAAUUACAUUGAAGAUGAGGAGUGUUUCAUUUAUUUGGAGAUCUUUGAUGGACUGGAUGUGGAUGGCAGUUUCCCCUCUCUGCUCAAGGCUUGUGGUACUGCACUGCCCGAACCUGUGGUGACCUCAGCUAAUGUUGCUGCCAUCAAGUUCCACAAUGAUCCCUAUCUCCAUGGCUCAUACUUCCUGCUCAGGUGGGAAGCUGUCAGUCGUCAGUCUAUUGCCACCAUGACCGUAGACAACUCUCUAGGCUGUGGGAAGGAAAUACACAUCAGCUCAGUGGGAAUAAAUAACACAGCCGUAGUAUCCAGCCCUGGAUACCCUCAAAACUACAAGCGAAACUUGCAGUGCACGUGGAUAGUGGAUACAGACCCAGGGUACCACCUUGUAAUCAAUUUCACUACUAUGGACUUGGAACAGUUUGAUGAAUGUAACUCAGAUUAUGUUGCUGUGUACACAGAGUCAGAGGAAGAAUCAACUGGCUGGAAAGCUUUGACUUCAAAACUCUGCCUUCCCAACACUACUACUUUGUUCAUUGAGGCAUACCAACGUGCUAAACUCUAUUUUGAAACUGAUCGUACCGUUCAGAAAACUGGCUUCUCUGCUACAGUAAACGUUGUGUGUGGGGGUAAACUCACGGACCCUACAGGUACUAUAGAUAUGAGCUCCAUACAACCUAAUUUGUCCACUGGCGCAGUUGACUGUGACUGGGAGAUUGUUGUUCACUCAGGAAGAACUAUACGCCUCACAUUUGAUAAGUUUGACCUGCCCAAACUGGGCAGGGAUACUUGUGUCAACAGUUACAUUAUGUUCCGCAACGGAGGACACAAGGACUCUCCAGCACUUGGAGAGAUGAAGUAUUGUGGCCGGGAGACACCAAUUCUUCCUGAGUCCUCAUCCAACCGAGUCUACAUAUCGUACCAUGCAAUAGCAGGAGCUCCGGGAGUUAUUUUGAACUACGAAGAAGUGAGCUUUGCAUGCAGAUAUGACAUUCAGUUGCGGAACAAGUCUCACAACUUCACAAUCAGUUCACCCAACUACCCACAACCCCCCAGCACUUCACACAUCAGCUGUGUCUGGAUUGUGACGGCUCCCCCUGGAGAGAGUGUCCACCUUGAUUUUGUUCUUCGGUUUGACAUAAAACGUUCCUUAGAUUGCUCAGUUGAAUACGUAGAGGUGCGUGAUGGUGGAACGGAGUUGUCACCUUUGAUUGGCCGAUACUGUAACAAGACUCCAACCCCCAAAGUAACUUUAGGAAGACGUAUGUACAUCAAGUACUUCACUGAUGCAGAUUCACCCAAUAAUGGCUUCAAGGCUGUUGUCAAGAUUGCAACGUGUGGUGGCACGUACUUCGAUCAGUCCAAGAUGAGUCUCCUGUCCCCCCAGUACCCCAAAAGGUACCCAGCCAACACUGACUGUCUCUGGAGGAUUGUGGGAUUCAAUGCCGACACCCAGCUAUACGUCAACGUCUCUGAACUCUACAUGAGUGAUGAUAGCGACUGCAGCAACGCUCAGGACUAUUUAGAGUUUAUAUCAGUUGACCCUAUCACUAAGAAUAUGACAGAUUCUCCACCACCCACGAGGCUGUGUGGUCGACACUCUAUACUCAAUGGAACCUCGCUUGUUCCCCCCAGUAUUUCCAAUGAGAUGUACAUCCGUUUCCAUUCUGGUCCUCGAGAUUCCUCCAGUAGCCAUGCACGCUUUGCUUUCUUUAUCGAACCAAGACGGGAACGAUGUCUAUACAAGAUGAUAGCACCUAGUGGAAUAUUCACCAGUCCAGGCUACCCGAACCCGAUGCCUCAACAUAACGAGCUUUUCUGCACUUGGGUCAUUACAGUCCCAGAGGGUCACAGAGUCUCCAUCAAGUUUCUGGACUAUGACUUAGAGCCAAGCUUGGAAAACACACUCUUCGACUACAAACUAACAUUCCACGAUGGAGAAAGUUUCUUCAUUACUUCAUUUUCCUCCAACUCAUCGUGGACCAAUCUAGUUGUAGAUUCAUUCACAAACGAGAUGAGAAUUCACUACAUCGAAUCUUCUAUCAGCGGAGCACACCGUGGUUUCAAAGCGGAGUUCUCUUCUGACAAACCAACAAUAUGUGGAGGACAACUGGAAGACCAGGGCUCGUUGAGCUUCUCCUUACUGGGGCAAAAUGCUAAGUAUUACUAUUGUGAGUGGCGCAACUCUCGUGACCCUAUGUUGUCCAACCAGACCACCUUUACUGUCACUGUCAAUGGUACGUUCAACAACAUGACUAAAAUAGUCUGCCCAGUCUACGGAACUACAUACGACUCUCUCAUCAUCCAAGAUAGUAGAUCAAUGAUAUUGGAAACAGUGUGUGAGAACACAACAAGUCCAGUUAUGGUGAGGAGUCCCUUCCCUGGAACCGUUAUUAAGGCCCGAAGGAGAGGAAGUUAUGGAAGACAACAUAGCUUUCCUGUUUCUUUGGCCAAUUUUACUUUGACAUACAAAACAGAUCAAUGUGGAGGCAUUGUCCAUGGACCUCAAGCUGUCAUCACCAGUCCUGGAUAUCCCAAUAAGUAUCCAGCUAAUAUAGAUUGUGCUUGGAAUGUAAAGUUUCAACAAGAUUCCCAAGUUCAUGUGAAAUUUGAGGCUGUGGAUCUUGAUCCUGACUGCAGUAAAGAUUUUCUGCGACUUUACAAUGGAGAAAAUCAAAGAAAUCCACACCUCAUCCCUUCACUGUGUGGUAACACUGUACCUAGAGAACUCAGGACCCAGUCCAACUUCAUGUUCUUGGAGUUCCAUUCUGGUCCCACCAACCCGUCACACAAGGGCUUCAGGAUCAUUCUUACUCAGGACUCUACUGGUUGUGGAGGAAUCCUGCACUCAACAGAAGGAAUACUACAGAGUCCUAACUAUGGGAAAGGCGACUACCCCAAUAACACAGAGUGUGAGUGGACAGUAAUAUUACCUCCUGGAUAUCAUGCAAGCCUUUCCUUCAUUGAUCGUUUCUUCCUGGAAGUCUCUGAAGAUUGUGCAAAUGAUUUUAUUCAGAUUUCUGACUGGCACAACGAAAAGUGGCAAAAGGUUGGAAGCAAACUCUGUGGGGGGACCGUUCCUUCCAGCAUUGACACUUCUACUAACCGGUUCAAGGUUCUCUUCAAGACAAACCCAUCUGUCACCAGUGAUGGCUUCAAGCUAUCAUGGACCAAAAAGUGUGGCAGUGUUUUGGAUUUGACUGUAGUGGAAACUGGCACCAUAAUUUCUCCCAACUACCCAAAACAAUACCAGCCAAAUUUAGUCUGCAAUUACACUCUGGUCGCUCCUGGCCAAGUAAUUUAUGGUGUGUUUGAAGACUUCAACAUUGAAGGAUCCAUGUCAGGAGAGAGCCCCUGCAGGUUCGACAAUGUCUCGCUGACAGUAACAAGGCCUCGUUUUGCACCUCAGUUUUACAUCUCAAGAUUUCUUCCCCACUUCCAACGCAGACAAGAAGUGUACUGUGGAAACCAGCCACCACAGCCAAUCUACAGUUUGAGCAAGAUAGAGAUGGUUUUCAGGACUGACGAGUAUUUUGCUCCUAAGGGUUUCCUUUUCUUAUAUUCCACGAUCAAAUGUGGAGGUAACAUUACCUCUCCCACAACCAUCUCUGAGCCUAACAGCACUCACUUCCAUGAUUGUGUCUGGUUUGUCACUGCUCCACCUGAAAAAGUUAUAUUGUUUAAGCUUAAAUCGAUGGAAACUCGGCUCGUGAUGUGUGACAAAAAUUACAUCAAUCUCUACAACGAUCACAACGUGACCAACGCAUCAAGUCUGAUUGACACAGUGUGUAGAAGAAGAGGUGAAGGUGUCAAGACCACAUUCAGGUCUUCUGGUAAUCUGAUGGCCAUCAAAUAUCACAGUGAUUCCAUCUUAUUCUUCUUGCGCUUCAAAGCUGCCAUUGGAUUUACUUACGGUGAAAAGCACAACUGUGGUGGUACGAUCCAUUUAGCCAAUGUGAGUCUACCGUACCUGCUACAAGCCCCAGAUGUGGAUGGAGAUGGCCACUAUGAACCUCUGCUCUCCUGUGAUUGGUUGUUCCUGGCUCCUGAUGCUCACCAGAUACGAGCCUCCUUCAAUAAACUGGAUAUCCAGAACUGCUCCAACUGUAACUGUGAUGUUCUAAAGAUAACGGAUGGAGAAGUUGAUACUGAUGACAGUUGGACCACUAUGUUCUGCUCGUCGUCAGUCAACGGAAUGUCUUGGAGGGAGAAAAUCUCUUCUAGAGGCAGUCUUUUGGUCCAUUUCUCUUCUGAUGCAACUGUCGAACUAUCUGGCUUCCAGCUCUCCAUUACUACUUUCCCAUCUCUCUGUGGUCCAAGCACAAGACAUGCUACGAGGGAGUUGCAGGUGCUACAGUCGCCUGGAAUGGAUGGAACCCUUGUGGAUCAUAGUAUCCGAUGUGUGUGGAACAUCAUAGUGGGGCCUGUUGGUACGGGAUUGAUGCGGUUACACUUUACUCAGUUUAACCUGAGUGCACCCUGCCACACCAACUAUUUGGAGAUCACUGAGAAAGCACCACUUACAUUUGGACCAGCAAGACUAAACUUCAUCUUUGCAUUGAGUAACCCAGUAGAUGAACAUAAGUGGUGUGGAUCACAAAAGGCUAACUUAACAAUAAUCAAUAUGAGUGUACAACUGGUUUUCGAAGCCACUCGAGCCACACCACACUUUGGCUUCAAACUGGAAUACAGCAUGAAAGGUUGUAGUGAGAAUUACACAACACCUUAUGGACGAAUAAGAGUCAGUAAAUACUAUCAGAGUUUUGAGGAAAACACGUGUCACAUAAGAAUACAAGCUCCUGCCUCCAAUGCAACAAUCUCUCUCUACUUUAACUUCUUUUAUUGUACACCAACUGAUUCGGGAGACAACAAAAUGAUUGUGUAUGAUGGCAGCAAUGAUCAAGCUCAGGAACUAGCAUCGUUCUGUGACUCUUCUCAACCAAAACCCAUUUUCUCCACUGGCCCGACACUGUACAUUAAGUUCCUAGUAAUGUCCCACUUAGGAAAUUUUGACAUGAUCUAUACAACUACAGAUAAAGGUCGAGGUUGUGGGGGUCAGUUCCACGAAUCUUAUGGCAAAUUCUCCUCCCCACUCUACCCCUCCUCCUAUAAGGAGGAUAAUUCAUGUCGUUGGGACAUAUCUGUACCUCAUGGUAACCAGUUGGUCUUCAAAUUUCUAACACUAAACUUCGGAUAUUCCUUAUGUAAUACCAACUACAUUCAGCUCCUUGACGUAGACCUUACUACUGGACUGGAGUCCCUACAUUCCCAGUACUGUGGCUAUGAUAGCGUAAGUGAAAUUCAGAUGCGAGGAUCCACUGCAGUUGUUCGUUACGUUACUACAACUCACAACAAUGGCACUGGCUGGGUACUAGCGUGGAAAUCUCGGCCUGUCUUGGCUAAUUAGUGUUUAUAUGUAGAUAUUACAAAAAUAUGUAAAAAGUUGUAUAUUGUUAUUAUAUGAACAAAAAUAUAUUUAUAUAUAAAAACCAUGUAUUAUAAUAUGUUGUAGAAAUAAUAAAGACUGAACAUCAG